AUGCGCUACUCAAUUGCAAAUCAACCUUCAGAUUUGGUAUACUACGCCGACAUAAAAGACGACCAACCUCCCUUGAGGAAUGCUAAAACAGGACGAAAAGUAAACACUAACCUCCAUUCCGACAGCCACCUAGUCCCCAAAUCGUCAGCGGCUGCAGAUUUCAAAGUUAACGACCCGAAUAGCCCCAUUAGUUCCAACUUGGUCAAGAACCCUGUAUAUGACGGUUGUAACCAGAUUCCUAAUGUAUCUAAUCAUUUCAACGCUGAGAUCAACGAUCCUGUCUACGAGGAAGCUCCUGACAGUCCCACACGACAAUCUUUCCAGUUGGAUGAGCUCGUAGAAAACCCACUGUACGGAGGACAGGAACAGAGAUCUGCAGCAGAGCAGGGAUCCUUGAAACAACCAAAAUCACACGCAGACCCGCAAGGUCUCGUAGAUAAUCCUCUGUAUGGGGGACAGGAUCAAGGAUCCAGAGUGCAGGACUCCUCAAAGCAAGCAGGCUCGGCUGACUCGGAUGGACUGGUAGACAACCCUUUGUAUGGCGGACAGAGAUCUGCUAGUCACGCGUCCAACAUGCCCAACAUGUUGUCACAAUUACCGUCUCUAGAUAAGUCAGAUGCAGAAUCCAGACGCCUUCCCCCAGAACAGGGACUCAGCACUCAGCCGGAAUAUGCGGCAGUAGACGAUCUGAUAGACAACCCUCUAUACGGAAGUCAGAAUGACAAAACCGCCAAUGACGGGGUGACUCUUCAAAACGAAUCGUGCGCUAACGAUGAACUCAUAGACAAUCCUUUGUACGGGGCUCAAAGCACCCAGCCGGAUGGCCUGGCGUCAAAUCUGCAACUAAGUGUAGCGCCAACUGAAGAACUCGUAGAUAACCCUCUGUAUGGUGAUGGUGGUGAAAGACCUGGCAGACAGGGAGUCACCAGUCAGACAGGAAUGGAACCAACAGACGAGCUGAUCGACAACCCUCUUUAUGGAAGUCAAAAUGAAAGUUCCGCCAUUGGAAUAAGCCGGCAAGAAUCUGGUCCAUCCGACGAAAUGACAGACAAUCCGUUAUAUGGAGCCAAUAGUUAAGGCCAUACAAUUUUGUUUCAUGGUCACUGAGAAUGAGACUUUUUGGACAUCCACGCAUAUCGCUUUCCAGAUAUGUUGUUCUUUCGGUUUGCUUGAAAAUAAAAUCCACAUAUUCACCAUUGACCUUAAGUUAAUCAUUUUUAUUUUGAAGAGAGAAAAAAAAUGACUCUGCCCAAGUUUGCCAAUGAAAAAAGUGCAGUAAUAUGUUGUUACACAUCGAGACCUCUUAAACAUUAUUUCUUCAAUCUUCAAUUGGUAUAUUUUGUUUCUAUAAACAACUCAAUCAAGAUUCGCUAACAAAAAAAAUAAUGAAGGAGUUUCUACCCGUCUUAAAAAAAGUAACCACUGGUGCAUUUUUAACGUGCGUUUAACUUACUGUACA